AUGGAUGAUUCUUAUAUCAUAGCAAAUUUUUAUGACUUGUGUCGACUAUGUUUGGUUAAAAGUGGACUUACACUGUCGAUUUUUGGCAAUACUCCUGACGAUGAAGAUAACAAAUCACUAAACUCGAAAAUCUCAGAAUGCUUGGAUCUUCAGUUGGAUCCCAAUGAUGGCCUUCCUACAAGAAUUUGCUAUAAAUGUUUAUUUAAAGUUGACACAUGCUCUAAGUUUAAAUCAUUGUGUUUAGAAAGUGAAGUCAGAUUAAAACAUAUAACUAAUCAAGUUAAUGAACUCAAUACCUCAAAUUCAUCUGAAUUUAACUAUGUGAAUGCAGAGCAUAAGCAACAGACUGAAAAUUAUAUUGUAGAAGAUAGUGUUGUAAUGGUAGUGGAUCCAAGUCUUGACUAUGAUUCUUCUGAGGAAUCAGAAAAUGUUGAACAAGGAGAAACAGAUGUUGUAGAACAAGACAACAUCCCAGAGGUGGAACACGUUCAAGAAUCUUACUUUAAAAAUGUUUCAAUGUGUCAGUAUUGUGAUCAAGCAUUUAUAUCCCGAGAAAAAUGCAAGGAUCAUGAAGAAAACUUUCAUGACCCUAACCGCCCCUAUAAGUGUAUAGAGUGUAGUAUAGUUUUUGCAGAAAGAAACUUGUUUGUUGGCCACAUUAAAACUGUUCAUGGAAGUGAUAAGCCAUAUAAUUGCCCAGAAUGUGAUAAAUGCUUUGGCCGCCGCUCUGAUUUGAGAAAACAUUCAAUUGUCCAUACUGGUAUUAGGCCAUAUCAGUGUCAAUACUGUUUAAAAAGUUUUUCUCGUAAUACAAACUUGAGCAAACACUUGAGAAUUCAUGCAGGUCAUAAACCUCAUGUAUGUCCAAAGUGUCCUCGAAGUUUUGUGGCAAAAGGAGAUUUACAGCGACAUAUUUUAAUUCACUCUGGAACAAAACCCUAUGCCUGCCAGAACUGUCCAUUAACUUUCGGUAGAAAAGAUAAACUAGUAAAACAUGAACUAAGACAUGUAGGAGUAACAUCAUCUCAUGGGAAUGAAGAAAAUAAUGAUAUGGUGGUUAGUGUAAAUCCAUAUAGCAAUUUGAUGUCUUCCCCAAACGAACAUUUGAAUUCUAAUGACUUUGAGCUUCCUAGAGUUCCUGAUCAUAUUGCUGGAGAAGGCAGUUUUUCAAAUCAUUUACAAAAGGCUCCAUCAAUGUCUAACAAACAAUUCCAAAGUUCACCUACUAAACAAAAGUCUUCUAAUAGUAAAAAUAAGCCUAAAAAUAUAAAAUGUCAUCAAUGCCCUAAAAGGUUUUCUUCUCUUGAUGCCUACAAGACUCAUGUAUCUAUCUCACACAUUGGAUCACGAGUUUUCCAAUAUUUUCCAAUGGAAGAAAAUAAUAUGUAUGAUCUAGAGACAUGA